GUCACCAGCAGCGGCAUCUCCAGCGGCCGGGGCACGCCGGCCAUGCCGCCGCCUGGCUUCCGCACCGGGGCCUACAGCCCAGCGGUGCCGUUGAGCGCCCCUGGCGCCACGCCGCGGCUGUACAGCUACGGGGGCGAGCGGACCCCCGCCCCGACGCCCAGCAUGACGCCCAGGGUUCAGGCUGCGCGGGCUCGCCUUGCCCCGACGCAGGACCAUCACAGCGACGACGGUGCCGCAGACGAUGUGGCACAGCAGCAGCCAGAACCAGCUGAUCCAGACGCCCCACACGGCCGGGAGGCUGUUCUCGGCCCCGGGCUCCAGGAGGGGGUACUGGCGCACUCGGUCCAGCUGAUACAGCUCCCGCCGACCGUCCAGGUCGCGGAGCACGACCCCGCGGCAGCGAAGAGCUGACGCAGAUCGGGGUCGACCCUGUGAUGCCCCGGAGCACUGCCAUGGAGCAGUUCUGGACGGAGCCGCUCCCCUCAGACAUGACGAUCCCAUGUACGAGCCAAUGCCCUGCGCUGGAGAAAGCGUCCGUGAGCCCGGCCGCUCCGCGCGCAUGCCAGAGGACAUACGUAGCUCACUGUGGCUGCUCCCUGAGCGAUGCCUUCGCGCGCUUGUGCAGUGCAUGCUUUCACAGAA